UAUGAAAUUAGAAGCAUUGAAUUGGUGACGCUGGCUGCGGCAUUCAAUGGUAGAUUUGGUGAAUUGUUCAUUCUUCAAUACACCAGGCUAAUCAUGUUGGAGUUGAUUACAGUGAUUGAAGAACUAGUGUACUCUGCUGCAGAAGAUUUUGGAUCUCCGCCAUAUAAUUUUGACUGUCUCCAAGAGAUCGAGGAAGAGGAAUGUGGCAAAGAUUUUGGCAACAAUGGUUGCUUGGUGAUUCAGUUGGCAUUGUGUUUGUGAGAUAAAAAGCCAGAAGACUCAUGGCUUUCGGUAAUAUGUCAAGCCGAAUCCAGACUAAGCUGGUGUCUCUCGAGGAUUGCGGUUGAACAAAAGCUGUGCUUAAAUGUCAGUGCCCUGGAGUUGUACUUUGGCAGCUACAGUUGUGGAGAUUAAUGAUAUUGUUCACUCCUAGAGAGAUACUCCAGUUUCCGGCUUGUUUCGUAUGGUGAGCUGUUGAAUUGUGAGGGUUUCUGGCAAUGGUGGAAGUCAGGCAGCUGAAGCUAUAUAAGGGAAAUGGCUUAAAGUUGAUGCUUGCAUUUCCUGUUCUGAUCAUGUUGACAGCAGAUCUUCUAGCGAAUGACAUUGGCCUUUAGGGAUCUUCUCAUUUCCUAAGUUGCAG